UUAUCGUUGUCGUAUAACCUCUCAAAUCUAUGUACUGAUUUUAAAUUGGAUUUUGGUUAUGUUGAAAUAAGCUAUUUGUAUGAGUAAAAUAUAGAAUAAAGUUUAGGCUGCAUUGUAUAGUAUUAAUCAUGGAUUACAAUUAUGAACAGACAAGUGAAGUGGAGGCAUUAGACUCGAUAUACUAUGGGGAUAUGCAAAUUUUACAGACAGAACCAAUGCACAAGUUUAGCAUACCUAUUAAAUCGGAAGAGUAUGAUGAUGGUGAAGGAUUAGCAUGUCAGUUGGUGUUCACAUACACGUUAAAGUAUCCAGAAGAUUUACCCUUAGUAGAAAUAAUUACGGAUGAAAUUUUUGAUGAAAUUGUUGACAAGACUGAACUGUACAAUCAUCUAAUGGAACAAGCUCAAGAAAAUCUUGGUAUGGUUAUGGUUUUUACACUAGUAUCUGCAGGUCAGGAAUGGCUCAAUGUGAAAUGGGACAGCAUCAAAAAAGAAAGAGAAGAAGAAGUUCUCGCUAAAAAGAAGGCGGAUGAAGAAGCAGAAUUGAAAAGAUUUGAAGGAACAAGAGUAACUGUAGAAUCUUUCCUCGCAUGGAGAAAGCAGUUUGAGAUAGAUAUGGGUAUACCAGCAAAGAGAGAAAAGGAAGGAAAAGAUAAGAAUAAAUUAACAGGCAAAGAAUUGUUCUUGAGAGACACUACUCUCAAUGAGUCUGACCUCAAAUUCCUUGAUGAUGGCGAUGCUGUAAAAGUUGAUGAGUCGCUUUUCCAAGAUUUGGAUGAUUUAGAAAUUUCCGAAGAAGAUGACGAGGAUGAUGAAGAUUAUGUUCCAGGGCAGAGCAGCGACAGUGAUUAACAAAAGAUUUUGUGCUUAAAUUAGCACCAGCUUUAUUAACAUGGCCCUAAAAAAUUCCUUCUUUUGUUGGAAUAUUGUUAAUAACUUCUGAAGUAAAAUCAAUUUGGUGCAUGUAUUUACAGGAUACAUACCCAACAUGCACCUAAAAAUAAAGAUAAUGAAAAGCUUAAAUUAUUAGGGGUUGUUUAUUUAUUACUUUUGCGAUUUUGUUUGGAUUGAUAUCAUAAAAGUAAAUUCACUGAAGACGGCAGGAUAGCUGUUUCUAUCGUCUUAGUAUUUCAUUUUAUUGCAAGAAAAAGUUUAUCUUGGAUAUGAUUGUCGUAUUGUCCAAUUAAUUUCAAAAAAACUUCAGGGAAAAUAUACUUAAAUUAAGACUACAGUACUGCAUUACUAUUAUUAAAAUUAUUUUGCCGUUUAACAAUAUUUUUAUCAUGAAAAUUGAUGAAAACACAACGAAUAAAGUCUUUGUGGCACAGGAAAGCCAAACUGUGCUUAGUAAAAUGUAUGAAGUGCUGCACUCCGGCCCAUAGUGUAUCCUACACAAAAGAUCACGCCAAUUCAAUAGUAGUAGGUACCAUUACGGAUACAUUAGGGAUUAAUUAAAAAAAAAGUAAAAUAACCUAAUAUUUUUAUAAUAAUUCUGAUGCGUACAUUUUGGCAUAACUACAACAAAUAAACUUUUAUUUUAUAAGGUUAUGUAAUAAUUUGUUUAAAGCAGUGGGCGGUUGUGACGCCAUCUUUAUUACCAAACAAAAAUACGCGGGAAUUUUAAUGUUAUGCUUACAAUAAAUGGUGGAUGGACCACAUCGUAAAUAUAGCAAUAGCAUACUUACGUAAUAAAUCUCUUUUGUAAUAUUAAUUAUUAAAAUGUAUAUAAACACAUGAACAUCGCUUUCUUUUUUUGUUAAAAUUAGAAUAUAUGUAAUUAUU